CAAGCAGUACAGAUGAACCACCCUCUGUCGGUGGUGUUCCUCCUGCACAUCGCGCUGGAGGCACCCAUCGCUGUCAUGGGCCUCUGGAGCCCGAUCAGCUUGCCGUUCAUCCAGUUGACCAACACGGCGUUGGUGCUCCUGAAGAUGUACUCGGCAAUGGUGGCUGGAUUUUGUCUGGCAGCGCUGCUCGUGUUCUCUCUUCCUGAGUUCCUUCCCGGGAAGCGUGCCCUCGGCAUGGGAUUGUGCUUCUACCAUGUCACCUGCUCGACCAUCCUCUUCAACGCUCCGCGCUUCAUUCCCCAUACGUUCGGUGCUUUUGCUGAGUCCCGUCGCGCAACGCCAGAAGUCGUCUGGGGGACUCUACACGGUGUUGUCGGCCUCACGCUUGCCAUUUGGUGGCAAGCUACCGUCGGUAUGGCGGCU